GUUGAGCAACCUUAUGACCAGUGGUAACCAGAAGGGGUUUGUUGACCAGUAUGGAGAUAUUCUGACACUGUUGAAGAUGGUAGUCGAUCCGGUGCCGUUGCAGACUCUUCUACAGUUCUACGACCCAGAGCUUCAUUGUUUCACCUUUCAAGAUUAUCAGUUGGCGCCUACUCUUGAGGAAUACUCCAUUCUGCUGAGUGUCCCGGUCCGGUAUCAGGUUCCUUUCUUGGAUGUGCCCAAGGAGGUUGAUUUCAGAGUUGUUGCCAGAGCUCUCCAUUUGGGUAUCAAGGAAGUCAGUGAUAGUUGGAAGUCCAGUGGGGAUGUUGUAGGAUUGCCUUUGAAGUUUCUGUUGAGGGUAGCUAGAGAAGAAGCAGAGAAGGGAAGUUGGGAAGCCUUUCAUGCUCAGUUGGCCGUCAUGAUCUAUGGGAUCGUCCUGUUUCCGAGUAUGCCCAAUUUUGUUGACUAUGCUGCAGUCAGUAUUUUCAUUGGAGGAAAUCCAGUUCCUACUCUGCCAUUGGAAUCAGGUCAAAUUGUGUCGGCCUCUGGGCACGAUUUUGUUGAUUUGUUUGUUACUGAAAACGCGGUUGAUAACUCGGUGUUGCUUGAACGACCAAAGUAG